AUGUCGUCUCUUCUUGCUUCAAAAUUCGCGGUUGUAACAGGUUUUUCAUUUUUUAUAUGAAAGCCAUUCGCAUUUUUUCGUACGGAGAAAUGUUGUUUUUUUAAAUUGAUUUUUUUAAAUCAUUUACAAGAAAAAAAUGGCAUUUUACCCGAUAAAUCUGCGAGUAAAACAAAGAUAUCCUAAUUAAAUUAAACAUUCAUACACUUUACUAUUUUUUUCUUUUUAUUUUUAGAUUCACCACUCAAUUUCAUAUUCGCGUAUAACCGUUUCAGAGACUUUUAAUGUUCCUUUUGCACGCAGGAAAUUAAAGAUUUAAUUUUUUUUUCGAAGCGAUUACAUUUUUCAACCAAAUCAAAAAACGUGAUUCACGUUAAAUUCCCAAAUUAUAUGAAAUCAAAGACGAACUGCAUUGAUUCAAAAAUUCGAUAAAUUUUUCUAUUACAGGCGGAGGAUCCGGUAUUGGAAAAGCCAUCUGCCAAACUUUGGCUUCCCAUGGAGCCAAGGUUAUCGUUGUUGACUUGAAGCAAUUUUCGGCCGAAGAAACUGUUCAUGAACUGGGGAAAGGCGAACAUGCCGCUUUUUGCCUGCGAUGUCUCAAAAAGUGAGUUAUUGUUUGUAAUUUUAUUUUUCCAAAAAAAUCUUCCAUUUUGAAUAAAUUUUUGGAAAUGCAAACAAGAAACGGUUAUUUAUGAACUGAAUCCUUCACUCAUGCUAAAAACUUGACUUUCGUUAUCAAAAUUAAUAAUUUUUUUCGUGAAAUUUGGCGGGUGAACUGUAGUUAAAAAAAUUAUUGUUUUUUUGUCAAUUAGGAUCUCUAGUGAAACCUGGAUCAAUAUGGAAUAAUAUUAUGAAAAAAAUUUUUGUAAUGUUGUUCAAAAAAACGCUUUUUUUAAAGGUUCCUCUAAAUCUGCGGAAAAAAAUAUUUUUAUGGGUGCUUGGAAAAUUUCACCACUAAAGUGGAUACUUCGUUGCACUCAAAAAACCUUCCAAGCGUUUUUUUGUCCACUGCACUUUGAAAAUUUCCUUUCAGCCGUUGAUCCUAAUUUUUUUCUUUCUUAACACUUACAGCUGUCAAAAAUAUAUGAAAAAAAUUUCAGGAAGAAAACGUGAACGCCUUGAAAGAAUUCGCUCUGAAACAUGCCAAGGGAACCCCAUCCGUUCUCGUAAAUUGUGCCGGAAUCACACAGGUAACUUUUUUUUGAACCCUAAAUGAAUUUCGAAAAAUGCUUCUAGGAUUCAACUCUUCUCAAAAUGUCAAGGGCCAAAUGGGACGCGGUGUCUAGAGUCAACUUGACCGGCACUUUUUUGGUAGUUGUUCAUUUUUCCGAUCAUCCGAUAAUAUACCAAUUUGAAGGUUACUCAAGCGUUUGCGAAAGCGUCGGUGGCGGCCGAGAAAAAGCCUCUGAGCGUCAUUAACGUCUCCUCUAUCGUGGGAAAGGUACGUUCCCACAUUCUCUUUUUUCUUGAAAAAAAGCACUCUAAGGUCGGAAACUUCGGACAGACGAAUUACGCUGCAACCAAGGCUGGCGUCAUUGGUUUCACGAAAUCAGCAGCCAAGGAACUUGCUCUGAAAGUGAGUAAAAAUUGGGAAAUGCAAAAAGGAAAUGAGACUUUGGAGCGAUGUGCCAAGGUUAUUUGAAUGAAAAUCUUUAAAUCAUAAGUACGAUCCAAUAAAUGACCCGUAAUCCAACUGAAACAUGAACUUCAGCGUUUUUGUUUGAAAAAAAAGUGGAAUUGAUGGUUUUCAGAACGUCCGAGUAAACGCCAUCCUACCAGGAUUUAUCAAAACUCCGAUGACUGCAGCGAUGCCUGAACAGGUGAAUUAAAAUUCAGUUUUAAUUCGUCAAUGAUUAAAAAGUUUAUAACAAAAUUUCCGUAGCGCUUGGUUGAAUACUGAGUUACGGCUCGAGUAGUUUGACAAAAAAGGUCAGUUUACUUUGGGACUUUUCCGAAAGUUGGCCAGAAGAUUUUUUGAUGUGAUAGAAGAACAUUCUGAAAGGUUCAAACUGCACAACUUCCUCAUUUUUUGGAACAAAUGCCUCAAAGUCAAUGAAGACACCUCAAAACCAUUAAUAUGAGCUGUUUUGAGGCUUUAAGCCUUCAUUUCUCGUAAAGUAGAAAGUUGUGCAGGUUAAGACUUUCAGGAUUUUCAUCUGGUACAUCAAGGAGUGUUCUGACCGAUUUUCAGAAAAUUCCCAACCGCAAUCCUCUCCCUGUAAGGGUUGUCAUACUCAAAUUUCGUUGGUUUCUUUUUGUUUUUAAUGUUAAAUAACACUAGGAAAACGUGAUUUUGCCGCAAUACCGAAAAAAUCUGUUACGAAAGGGGAUUUCCUUGCUUUUACAGGUUUUGACGAACAUUUGCUCCGGGAUUCCGAUGGGCAGGAUGGGGGAAACGAAAGAAGUCGCAGACGGUGUCGUUUACCUCGCUUCUGAUCUUUCAUCCUACGUAACUGGGAUCACUUUGGAAAUCACUGGUGGCUUGCACAUGUAA